AUGCAGCUGAGGUGGACCCAGCGGGGCAUGAUGUGGCUCGGAGUCCUGCUGACACUUCUGCUCUGUUCAAGCCUCAAAGGUCAAGAAAACUCCUUCACCAUCAACAGCAUACACAUGCAGAUCCUGCCGCAAAACGAGGUGCAAAACGGGGAGAACCUGACACUGCAGUGCAUCGUGGAUGUCAGCACCACCUCGCGGAUCAAGCCUCUGCACCAGGUGCUGUUCUACAAGGAUGAUGUGCUGCUUCACAACGUCUCCUCCAUGAGAAACACAGAGAGUUAUUUGAUUCCCCACGUCCGGGUCUGUGACUCAGGGAGAUACAAAUGCACCGUGAUCCUGAACAACAAGGAGAAGACGACGCCAGAGUAUGAGGUGUGGGUGAAAGGAGUGUCUGAUCCCAGGGUGAUGCUGGACAAGAAGGAGGUGAUAGAAGGUGGAGUCGUGGUGGUCAACUGUUCUGUCCCAGAGGAAAAGGCUCCUGUACAUUUCACAAUUGAAAAAUUUGAACUAAAUAUAAGGGGCGCCAAGAAAAAAAGAGAAAAAAACUCUCAGAACCAGAAUUUUGUGACGCUGGAAUUCACAGUUGAGGAGCAAGACCGUGCCAUAUUUUUUCAAUGUCAAGCGAAGAUCUUUUCCGGGUCCAACGUGGAGUCCUCCAGACUCAUGAGGAGUGAACUGGUCACUGUGCGGGAAUCCUUCUCUAAUCCCAAAUUCCACAUCAUCCCCGAGGGAAAGAUCACAGAAGGAGAUGACCUCCAGGUCAAGUGCACUGUUCAGGUGACGCACCAGGCCCAGUCUUUCCCGGAAAUCAUCAUCCAGAAGGACAGGGAGAUUGUCGCACACAACAGCUACAGCAGCGAGGCUGUGUACUCCGUGAUGGCCACGACGGAGCACAACGGCAACUACACGUGCAAAGUGGAAGCCAGUCGCAUAUCCAAAGUCAGCAGCGUCAUGGUCAACAUCACAGAGCUGUUUUCCAAGCCUAAGCUUGAGUCUUCAGCCAUACAUCUGGACCAGGGAGAAGAUCUGAACCUGUGGUGCUCCAUCCCAGGAGCACCUCCGGCCAACUUCACCAUCCAUAAGGGAGGCACGACUGUGUCACAGGCUCAAAAUUUCACCAAGAGAGUGUCAGAGUGGGACAGCGGGUCAUACACCUGUGUCGCAGGUGUCGGCAGGGUGGUCAAGAGAAGCAACACAGUCCAGAUAACUGUGUGUGAAAUGCUUUCCAAGCCCAGUAUUUUUCAUGACUCCAGGUCUGAGGUGAUAAAAGGACAGACCAUUGAAGUCAGUUGUCAGUCCAUAAACGGAACUGCACCCAUUUUUUAUCAGCUUUCAGACGCAAGUAAGCUUGUGGCGAAUCAGAGCGUGGGCUCAAAUGAGCCUGCAAUAUUCAGAGAUAAACCCAUGAAAGAUGUAGAAUACUGGUGCAGUGCAGAUAAUUGCCAUUCCCACACCAAGAUGUUCAGCGAAGUUCUGCGAGUCAAGGUGAUAGCCCCAGUGGAUGAAGCCCAGCUCUCUAUCCUCUUGAAGGAGGAGGUGGAGUCUGGGAAGCCCAUUGUGCUUCGCUGCUCCGUGAACGAAGGAUCCGGUCCUAUCACGUACAAGUUUUACAAAGGAAAGGAGACCAAACCCUUCUACCAAGAAACCUCAAAUGCCACCCAGGCCCUUUGGCACGUGCCCACGGCCAGCAAGGAACACGAGGGACAGUAUUACUGCACGGCCUCCAACAGAGCCAACCUUUCCAAACACGUGAGCCCAAGCAACACACUGAACGUCAGAGUCUAUCUUGCCCCCUGGAAGAAAGGACUCAUCGCAGUGGUGGUCAUCGGAGUGAUCAUUGCCACCUUGGUAUUUGGAGCCAGAUACUAUUUUCUGAAGAAAGCCAAGGCCAAGCAGAUGCCGGUGGAGAUGUCCAGGCCAGCCGUACCGCUUCUGAACUCCAACAAUGAGAAGACAUCGUCAGAUGCCAGUACCGAAGCCGACAGACAUUAUGGUUACAAUGAAGAUGUUGGAAACCAUGCAGUGAAGCCAUUAAAUGAAAAUAAAGAGCCUCUAACCUUGGACGUGGAGUACACGGAAGUGGAAGUGACCUCCCCAGAGCCUCACCGAGGUCUGGAAACAAAGGGCACAGAGACGGUAUAUAGUGAAAUCCGGAAAGCUGAUCCUGAUUUCGUGGAAAACAGAUAUUCUAGAACGGAAGGCUCCCUUGACGGAUCUUAG